CUCAAAACCCCAACAAACAAGUUGUCACUGACUACAUUGGGCGCAGUCAGCUUUUAAGAUAAUUCAUUUCAUCACCGAGAUUCAGAAGGAAACUCUCGCAGAAACUCCAGUGAUGGUUGUGUGGAGACGCUGACAGGGCGGAUGUCAUAUCACAGUCACGAGCUAAUGGAGCACAUCUCAUUUGUCCGUCCGCUGGCUCUCCACGGCAUCUCCAUGGACAACAGCGGAGCGCACUGUCAGGAUGCGCUUCGCCUAGGACUGCCCUGCCACCUGGACGCAGCGUACUUUGACCCUAUGCACGGACAGAGGCUACCUUAUAGACGAUUCUCCUAUAUCCCCUUUCACGGACCCCUCGGUGUGUGUGAUUACUCUUUCGAGCCUGCGUUUAUCCGGAAAAGAAAUGAACGGGAGCGGCACCGGGUGCGCUGCGUAAACGAAGGUUACGCGCGUCUCCGGGAGCACCUGCCUCACGAGUUUGACGACAAACGGCUCAGCAAAGUGGAGACGCUGCGUGCGGCUAUUGACUAUAUCAAACACCUGCAGAGCCUGCUGGAUUUAAACGUCUCCGGGAUGGAGGUGUCACUUGGAGAGACGCGCAAACUUGAGCGGCUACAGCAGAGCUCAGAGUGCACCAGUGAUGGAGAAACCCAAACCAGCCUCAGCGAAAGCGGGGAGAGUGUUUAAUAGCCCCGUCUCUCAUGCAGACCUGCUGUAUAUAUGAUCAGACUGUAAAAACAAAGGGACAGUAAAGAUGUGCUGUAAUUAUCACUGAUCCAUAUUAUUUU